AAUUAUUAUUAUUAUGAUAAUCAUUUGCAAGUGAUUAAUUAUUACUACUAUUUGUUUGUGAAAUUCAUAUCCUCAGAGAAUCUGUAGGGUGAUUCAAUGGAUUAUGAAAGUAUUCAAGAUAUUUCACCCAACUCGCCGGAGUAUUUAUCCCAUUGGAAACAUUUAGAAAUUAGUAGAAGUACUAAUAAUCAUGACUCAGUAAAAAAUAUUCAAGAGGACAACGGAAACUCGACGACAUCAAGAACUUCUGGACAGUUACAUUUUUCUAUCAAUGCUUUGUUAGACGAAGUCAACAAUGAUGAUGAUAUUGAUGACGACGGUGAUGGCAGUACUGAAGGUCAUCAUCAUAACGACAGUGAUCAACAAACCAACUACUAUUCCCAUCAUUCAGAUAUAAAUAUCUUAGAUUUGAGAAAUGAUUUCAACUCAGAAGUAGAUGGUGAUGACUCUUUGCACAAAAUAGAUUAUUUUAAUGAAACUGACUCAGAAAUUCAUGUCAAGAAUGAGCAUAACAAUAAUUAUAUUACUAGCACUGAUUGGAAUGAACAGAAGCACCUGAAUAAACCUAAAAAACAUCAGGAACACAAUCAAAGCACAAAAUCGAUUAAAUUGAAUCAAUCAUCAGUAAAUAAAUAUCCUACUAACUUGUCAUCAUUUGACUAUCCGGAUAAAGAUAACAUUCAUGACAAUAGCUACAAUCAUCAUCAUCAUCAUCAUCUACACCACCAGCUUACUAACAAUGAAUUGAAUCAUAAUCAUAACUCGUAUUUAAAACAACACUCAAUUUUCAAUCCAUUUCAUGAGACAACAUAUAAUAAUGAUUAUCUAACAUUUAGCAACGGUGCAAUUGGAUAUCGACCUGUUCCACAGAAAUGUACACUUAGAAAACAUAAACCAAAUCGUCGACCAAGAACUCCGUUCACUACUCAACAGUUAUUAGCAUUGGAAAGAAAAUUUCGUCAGAAACAAUAUUUAUCUAUUGCUGAGCGCGCAGAAUUUUCAAAUAAACUUACACUUACUGAAACACAAGUGAAAAUAUGGUUUCAGAAUCGUCGAGCAAAAGCCAAACGUUUACAAGAAGUUGAAACCGGCAAAUAUCAAAUAUCACCAAAUGAAAAUUUAGAAACAGCUUUAAUUGUAGCCAUUUCAUCGGCAAAUCAGGCAUCACAGCUGAACAGGACCGUAACCAAUAAUAAUAACAACAGUAAAGAAGAUACUAGAUCUAUGGACACAUUGACUCAUAAUCUAGUAUCAUUUCAGCCUGAUCCGGUCUCCCCUCCUUCACCUUCUACAACACUUUUGUUUCCACCUACUGGAACUUUUCCAUUUCCGCCUGUAUUCCCUUCACGUAUUCCACCAUCAUCGAACUCGCCUUCCACAUCACAUCCUUAUCUAUGUUCUUGUAUAUCUCCAAAUCAUCAUUGUUUAUCUAAAUCUACAGAGUUCACUACCAACACUAAUCAGCCUUCUGUUUCUUCGCCUUCAACAAUGCUAAAUGUAUCAAUGGGAUCACCUUCAUCCUUUGAUAAUUCACAAAGUCAUCAUCACCAGCCACAUUCAUCUAACAGUCUCAAUGCAAGCAACAAAAUAUCUUCAUCUUACAAUGAACAAAUUCUGUUCCACACUAGUAAAGCAAAAUUAUCAUCAUUUAAGAAAAUGUCACCAAAUAAAUUCCAACGUAAUUUUCCUCAUCAGACAAUGGAUCCUGUAAACUAUAAAUGCUGUUCAACAGCAAAUGAAAAUAACACUGAAACUGAUUUUAACACUACAUCGUAUGGAACGCCUUCUUCUGUUUCUUUCAACAGUAGUCCUUCCACUACAACAGCUACAGAUUUCAAAACUACUGGUAGUAGCAGUAGUAAGAAUGGUACAGCACACAAAACGUCAAGGCAUACAAUAUCCUACUUUUCAAAUGGUCAACGUAUUGAUAAUGAUUAUGACUGUGUUAAAAGUAAUAAGAGUGAAAACAACUCUGAUACUACUACUACUACAAAUAAUAAUAAUACUGACAAGUUACAAGCCAACAUUAAUCUUAGCGACACCUUUCAUAUGAAGUAUGAAUCAAUUGUUGACUUUCAAUCGAUAUUGAAUACUUUACAUUCUAAUUCAGAUAGAAGGAAUACUUUGAAGACAAUUGAAACGUUGAAUGAUCCGUUGUCAUGGUUAUAUGCAGCUAGUCAUUACUAUCAACAAUAUAAUAAUCAUAAUAAACAAAUGGGAUACAAUGCUUCAAUGGGAUUAAAUAGUAAUGAUCACAAUUCAAAUAACUCACAACAACUCCUGGGAACCACUAUGGAUACUGAUAACUCAAAAGUUGAUAAGAUAUUCGAUUAUAUUCCAACAAGUGAAUCCUUCUUAUUCCAACCAUCAACAACAACAACAAUAAAUGAAACAACAAGGUCUACUUCUUCACCUUUAUCACCACUCUUAUCUCCAUCUACAACAAUACCAUCAGCAUCGACAACGUUUCCUUUCACUACCACCUCUUCAUCUUUAUCAUCAUUUUCAUCUACAUCAAUGAAUACAGAAAAGUUGGCACAUGAUAUUUUCAGCAUACUUCAGUGUUCUAAAACAAAUCCAUUUUAUCAACAUCAAUCAAUUUCAUCAUUAACCACCUCCUCUUUUUCAUCAUUACAUUCAUCUAUACCACAAAGUAGUAUAAAUGAUUUCAAUACACUUUAUUUAAAACAAUUAUCAGAUAAUAUAAUUAAUCAAACAAUGAAUUCAUCAUGUUCACUAGUAAAUUCAUCGUCAUUCUCUAAACUUAUCCCUUCACCACUUGAAUUAUCCACAUUUAUGAAUUCAUUGGUUAAUUUCAAUUCACUAAUCGGUUCAACGUUUCAAUUGAACAAUCCUAAAACUUUCAGUACUUCUACUAACUGUGAUAAUACUACUGUUCCAUCAACUUCAUUAUCAUGGGUACCACAUACAUCUUCAAGUAUGUUAUCAUCAAAUUUUACAAAAUUUCAAAAUACUCUAGUUGAACAACAAUAUAAACUGAACAACUGUAACAGUAUUAUUGUUAAUCAUAGUAAUUAUAACAAUAAUGAUAAUUUAGUUCCAGUUCGAAAUGCUGAUACUAAUGUGAUUACAGACAAUUUAAUGGCUUCUGUUUAGGCAUUUUCUAUAUCCAAAUGUGCACAUAACGACACAAAUACUUUUAUAUAGGUAGCGCAGCCUUCUUGUACACAAACAAAACAAGGAUCUUUAUGUUUUUUAAUGAGAGAAUUUUAUUAUUCAUUUCAUUAAAACUAGAUAGAUUUGUUAGCCACCUUGUUUAUCCUUCACUUCAUUCAAACAAAUAGACAGGUUAGGUAAAGAACAUUUUUGACAUUUUGAAUUUGUAGAAGAAUUCUUUACGGACACCCAAAAGAAGCAUUUAGGAAAGCUGUUUCUUCAGUGAAUAAUUAGAAGUGAAGUGGGAGAAGUUUAUUUUAUAUGAACAAACAGAGGUGGUAACUGAUUAAUUUAUUAAAAGUAACCCUUAUCACUGUGAACAUACUGGUGUACUCUUUUCAUUGUCCCUCCAAUUGAAACACGUUUUCAUCUGUACUGUUCAAAAUGUUACAAUUGUCAGUCAUAACCAAUACCAAUUGUUACCUAUUCAACUACUUCGGAAUAACCACGAUAAUAAAUACUACUACUACUACUACUACUACUACUACUACUACUACUACUACUACUACUACUACUACUCACACUACUACUGGCAUAGUCUGGUUACAAGGAUAUUUGAAGUGUGACAUUAUUUCCCAUCUUUCUCAUUAAUCCUUAUUCAUUUAUUGCUUUUCACUGAGUGAAUGAUAGUAGAAUUGCUUUACUGUCUUUUAUUCUUCUUUGUCUGUAAUUAAUAUUAACGGUUAGAAAUAACCAAUUUUCAUUAAUACCGAAUGUAAAUAUUAUUAUUAUUACAAGUAAUAAAAAGGUAAUAAUAGGAAUUAUAAUAUAUGCGCAUUUCAUCCUGUUUGGGACUCGUCAGCUG